AUGGACUCGGGCUGCGACGACCUUCGCAACGGCAUCCGGCUCGCGAACGAGUUUGAGCAGAAGUGCGCAUUGGAAGAGAAUUCGACAGACGUGCGCUUUCACAAUCUCCGAAACGAUAUAUCGAACCUCGGAGGCCUUCUCGAGAGGCUGCAAUACGCAUUACAAGAUGCGCAGCGACGAUACCUCAACCGUGGAAGAAGCGUCGGCGUACGUGUGUACGAGCCCUUGUCCGUUGACGUCGAAAGUGAGCGCACGUCUAUGGUGGGCAACUUCGUAGACACCUUGAAUGAAUGCAACGGACUUCUGGAAGACAGCAGAAGAGCUCGGCAUGGUCGUCAUCCGGCUCGACAAGAGCAGCGUCUGGAAGCACUACGCACUCGUAACCAGCUUCAUUCGGAGAAGAUAGACCAUGCUCUUGAUCGUUUGACGGUCGACUUGUUCACGGACAAAGAUGGCGAACUGGAUAGUGCGGUUGCCGUGGAGGGCAUGGCUGGUGGCCAUCAUUUGGACGACGCACUGAGGUAUAUGAAUGCCAACAUCAUCACGGCGGGGUUCAGAAAGUGUUUCAGAGCAGGUGUCCUGGUAGAUGCGCCUGAGGGUACCGAGAUGGAUCUGCGAAUGCCGGAGACGUUCGAUGCCAUCCUCUUGCAUCUACGCGAGAGUACAGGAGGGCCUGACCAGACGCCAGAGAAGUACCUUGCGUUCUUGAAAGCAUGUUGGCUGCUCGAACGGCUGAAAGCAAGCGCUGACUACCGCGGCGCUCGGGCGGGAUACUACUACAAACCCGCUGUCCGACAGGUUGAACAAAAAGUCCUGGCGAGAUACCGGCGUCCUGGAGGGCUUGUGGCUUAUCGUGAGGCGAGCCUUCUCAAGCUGCCGGAGAGUGCGUUUCGCAUGUGGCCGUUGUCGACAGCGCUCACGAUGCCGGCUGAGGAUGAUGCCACAGGUCACUUCGACCUGCUCGCACCUCGCGCCGAUGAACACUUCGUCGCUUGCAUUCCACUUGCUUCAGCUGCUCGCGGACAAUUGUCAAACUCUGUGACUAUCUUCAGAAGCUCCGCAGAGCGCUUUCGACUGGUACUGAAGAGCACAGUUCCCUCUAGACCUGGUGAGACGACCCUGAUUCCUCUGUCGGUACACAGCUCUGAGGAUGCGCUCAUACCUCGCUACGCAAUGCCGACCAUAACCAAUCCAACGCUAGAAAUGGCAAUAUUCUCCCGGCACGAGGAGACGCUGUUCAAGUUCUCUACCUUCGAGGCGCUCCACACGUUCCAAGCUGCCCUCACAGGCUACGACGUCUCUCACGAUCAGACGGACAUACGGUCCCAAUUCAGCGACCAUGUGGACUUUCUUGACUGUGUUGGACGUAUGCAAUUAUGGCAGGAGCCUAUUAUCCUGCGAGCCGAAGCAGACAGCGACGGUUCCUCUCACCAUCGAACAACUCAGUCGCAGAACUCGCUCGCAGUCCGAUCGUCUUCGCGACGAGUGUCGCUACCAUCAUCCAUCUCUCCAACCACAACAGUCCGCUGGACCGCCGGCGGCUGGGAGGCAGAUCACAUCAAACUUCCAGCCAUCGUGAUAUUUACCCAGCUUUUCGAUACCCGGAGGCGAACUCGCUUUGCCACCAUCUUCAUCGAGCUGAAACGAGGCAUCUACAUCGAUGCCACGGAAUGCGGAUGCUGCAAAGACUACGAAAAGUGCUCUAAACUCGUUCUAGUCAAGGAGAGGAAACUACCUUUUACUGUGCGAGUGUCAUAUUCUGACGGCGAUGCCCAUGGCCGGCCGAACCCGAAUACAUUCAACAUCUUCCCUUUCCGUCUCCCGCAUCCACGGACCUUCCGCUCCAUUGAGACGGUGAACACGGAGUAUCUGGUGCUAAAAUUCCGGUCUCUGCUGGAGAAGCAGCAGUUCCAUCAGGAACUGGACUUGCGGUUUUGUGUGAGGGAUAGGCAGUAUCUGGAUCAGCGGGACUUCGAAGAAGAGAUACGGCGUCGACAAGAGCACCCGCAAGGCCGGCCGCGGGUGUCUUCACGGAACUCGGAUCCUUUUCCGACGCUUUCCCGACAUCGGGUCGUACCGACGGUUGCGCCGAUUAUAGAUGUUCCGGAUACUGGGCCUGCGUUGGAUGAUGCGUUUGCUAGAGGAUCUAUCUCGCCUUCUGCCGGACAGAUAUCACAUACCAACCUCGUACACCGUGAACUUCCUCGAGAUCAGGUCGGUCGCUCGAAUUCUUAUGAAGUGAACGGAAAUGCCGCAAUGCGGCCCUUACCUUAUACUCCUCCAGCGCCGGAGGGACCAUCCUCCACCAGCGCCCGGAACGACAGCGUAGUCCUCCCAAACGAGGUCGGAGAGCAGAUCGACCCCUGCCUCGGCCACGAGCUACCCGCUGAUCCGAUGAACCACAACGAGCUAGCACACAAUCAGCAUAAUGCUUCACGCCUUGCAAACGAAUAUUACAGCGCACCCGAACUAGUCCGCUCGCUGUCGUCUCUGGCACCGGAAGCAUACACUCCCGCGAGAAUGCUGUACCAGGGCCCUACUGUUAAUGAUUCGAACGGUGGACAGCGGAGGUACCAACAGUCAGUAGAGGGGGAUUUUGGAUACGUGGAGGAUGACAGAAGGGAGUCGAGGAAUAGGAGUGGGAAGCAGAAGGUUUUCAAGUUUUUGCGGCGGAGAUAG